UUUUGUUAUUUUAGUUUAAAAAUGAAUUUUAAAUAUUAAUUAAAACAAAGAGCUUACUGCUGUAAACCCUCAAACUGUGACACGGGUCCUGAUCACGUGGUUCACAGUGAGGCUGUUACUCUGUAAUAAACAGCAUUUAUCAGAUCAAAGGUUCAGUCCUGCGUCCGUGUAAACUCUCGGUGGUGGCGUGUAGCUGCAGGCGCAGUCUCUCCUCCACGCUCCGUUAAAGUGUGUGAGGACUGUUUUCUUCAGUCUGUGGGAAACACUGAAAACAGUGACCUAAUCCUAAUCCCGAGUUUAAAAUCUGGAUGAUUCUCUGAGAUCUAAAAAGCCUGACUACUACACUGAUGAUGUUUUUAGUGAAAGGGGAACGUCCUUGUUCCUGCCGCUGACGGUGAUUACGUCCCCGCCGAGGACGUAAAGCUUUCUCAGAGCCUCCGUAGAAAACGUCCUGAUUCGGUGUGGCUCCAGGAGACCCGGCGGUAACCGGCUUCACUGCCUCAGACUCGGAGAUCCUCUCCGCUGGAAAACACGCUCGGCGUUAGUGAUGCAGCGGGACGAAGCCUUUAAUGGUUCUAAAUUUGAGCCAAUCAGCAGCCGCCGCCUGAGUCCUUUUCUGUCGGACGUGAGUCGCCCAUUGUUGACUCAACGUGGGGUCGUAGGAUAUCUGGAACUGUGGCACAGCUUUUACUUUGAAGGGCAGCAUUCUCGGUUUCCUGUUUGGGCCGCAGCGAUCUGCUGGGGACCAGAACAAUCAGCGGUCUGCUCACGCUCGCUUCGUUUAGACUCACCACAGCGUGCCGGCCGUGUAGAAACGGCGUGGAUGAUGACACUCGUUUAUUAAAGCUCAUGAUUCAAACUGAGCGACCCGCGAGCUGUCUGAGCGCUUCAUCCACGCACGCGUUCACGGAGCCCAGUCUGAACACGAGACCUGACAAAGAUCACGGAAUCUUUCUGAAGAUGGAAAAUGCGGUGUGAGCGAUGGCUGCGCGGAGCGGCGUCGGAGUCUCAGGGCUGAGCUGCUGGCUCGGCGGGCUGCUGCUGUAGUUUAGCUUCUGCUGCGUGACGCUGGGCUGUGCACCACGUUAGCCACAGUGCUCCUCCACUGCUAGUCCCCCUCAGAUCUGUUCCUCCAAGUUUGGACCUGAAACCCCGCCAAGAUGAUGUCAUUUAAUCAGCUGACAUUUUACAUCAUCUGUACAAACCGUGAGUCUAAGGCGCUCCGUCUCAGAGCUCUUCCUCGUCUUCUUCUCAGGACAUUUAUUAAAUAACAGCAGUCCUGGUUCCAGGUGCCUGUAAACCACCACAGAGGAAGAAGAGGAUAAAGCUGUACUUGCUGUUUGUUCGCAGUCUGAAUGCUGCUAACGGCUCGUUAACGUUCAGCUUUGGCUUCAAUCUGUGUCGGUCAGAAACGGGAAACAGGAAGUCAAAGAUCAAAGGCUUCUACGGUCUGGAGGAGUCGGACCUAGAAAAAGUGUUCCGGCUUCCCACCACCACCUUCAUCGGAGGCUCGGAGAGCGUGCUGCCACUGAAGGAGAUCAUCCGCCGGCUGGAGAUGGCGUACUGUCAGCACAUCGGGGUGGAGUUCAUGUUCAUCAACGACCUGGAUCAGUGUCAGUGGAUCAGGCAGAAGUUUGAGACUCCGGGCGUGAUGCAGUUCACUCUGGAGGAGAAGCGGACGCUGCUGGCCCGCAUGGUCCGCUCCACCAGGUUUGAGGAGUUCCUGCAGAAGAAGUGGUCUGCAGAGAAGCGCUUCGGCCUGGAGGGCUGCGAGUCUCUGAUCCCCGCCCUGAAGACCAUCAUCGACAAGUCGUCUGAGAACGGCGUGGAGAACGUCAUCAUGGGAAUGCCCCACAGGGGUCGUCUCAACGUCCUGGCCAACGUGAUCCGGAAAGAGCUGGAGCAGAUCUUCUGUCAGUUCGACUCCAAACUGGAAGCAGCUGACGAGGGCUCCGGCGACGUGAAGUACCACCUGGGGAUGUACCAUCGCCGCAUCAACCGCGUGACAGACAGGAACAUCACGCUGUCUCUGGUGGCGAACCCGUCUCACCUGGAGGCCGUGGACCCCGUGGUUCAGGGAAAGACCAAAGCUGAGCAGUUCUACUGCGGAGACACAGACGGGAAAAGAGUGAUGUCCAUCCUGCUGCAUGGAGACGCCGCGUUCGCCGGUCAGGGCAUCGUCUACGAGACCUUCCACCUGUCCGACCUGCCGUCCUACACCACGCACGGCACCGUGCACGUCGUGGUCAACAACCAGAUCGGCUUCACCACCGACCCUCGCAUGGCCCGCUCCUCGCCGUACCCCACGGACGUGGCUCGAGUCGUCAACGCUCCCAUCUUCCACGUGAACGCCGACGACCCCGAAGCCGUCAUCUACGUCUGCAAGGUGGCGGCCGAGUGGAGAGCCACCUUCCACAAAGACGUCGUGGUCGACCUGGUGUGUUACCGUCGGAUGGGUCAUAACGAGAUGGACGAGCCGAUGUUCACUCAGCCGCUGAUGUACAAACAGAUCAAGAAGCAGAAGCCGGUCCUGCAGAAAUACGCAGAGAAGCUGAUCGCAGAGGGAGCCGUGAGCCGGCAGGAGUACGAGGAGGAGAUCGCCAAGUACGAUAAGAUCUGCGAGGAGGCGUACGCUCGCUCCAAAGACGAGAAGAUCCUGCACAUCAAGCACUGGCUGGACUCCCCGUGGCCCGGUUUUUUCACCCUGGACGGUCAACCAAAGUCGAUGAGCUGCCCCUCCACCGGCCUGACCGAAGACAACCUGAACCACAUCGGACAGGCGGCCUCGUCCGUCCCCGUGGAGGACUUCACCAUCCACGGAGGUCUGAGCCGAAUCCUGAAGGGCCGCGCCGAGAUGGUGAAGAACCGGAUGGUGGACUGGGCCCUGGGCGAGUACAUGGCCUUCGGAUCGCUGCUGAAAGAGGGGAUCCACAUCAGGCUGUCGGGGCAGGACGUGGAGCGCGGGACCUUCAGCCACCGUCACCACGUCCUUCACGACCAGAACGUGGACAAGAGGACCUGCAUCCCCAUGAACCACCUGUCCCCGGACCAGGCGCCAUACACCGUCUGCAACAGCUCGCUGUCCGAGUACGGCGUGCUCGGCUUCGAGCUGGGAUUCGCCAUGGCGAGCCCGAACGCUCUGAUCCUGUGGGAGGCUCAGUUUGGAGACUUCCAGAACACGGCGCAGUGCAUCAUCGACCAGUUCAUCUGCGCCGGGCAGGCCAAGUGGGUGAGGCAGAACGGCAUCGUGCUGCUGCUGCCGCACGGCCUGGAGGGCAUGGGUCCCGAACACUCGUCAGCUCGUCCCGAGAGAUUCCUCCAGAUGUGCAACGAUGACCCCGACGUCCUGCCGAACAUCACAGAGGACCUCGCCGUGCGUCAGCUGUAUGACUGUAACUGGAUCGUGGUGAACUGCUCAACCCCAGCAAACUACUUCCAUGUUCUCCGACGGCAGAUCCUGCUGCCCUUCAGGAAGCCUCUGAUCAUCUUCACUCCCAAGUCUCUGCUGCGUCACCCCGAGGCCCGAUCGAGCUUUGACGAGAUGCUGCCCGGAACUCACUUCCAGCGGCUGAUCCCGGAGGCGGGCGUGGCGGCCGAGCGUCCAGAGGCAGUGAAGAGGUUGAUCUUCUGCACAGGAAAGGUUUACUACGAGCUGACCAAAGAGCGGAAGAGCAGAGGCCUGGAGGACACGGUGGCCAUCAGCCGCAUUGAGCAGCUCUCUCCGUUCCCCUUCGACCAGGUGAAGGCGGAGACGGAGCGCUUCCCCAACGCCGACCUGGUCUGGUGUCAGGAGGAGCACAAGAACCAGGGUUACUACGACUACGUGAAGCCUCGCAUCAGGACCACCACGCAGAAAGCCAAGCCCGUCUGGUAUGCUGGCAGAGACCCGGCAGCCGCUCCCGCCACAGGAAACAAAAACACUCACCUGAUCGAGCUGCGGCGCUUCCUGGACACGGCCUUCCACCUGGACGCGUUCAGAGACCAGCAGUGAUCACGUGACCUGCAGCACCUGGAAUCAACCCUCACCUGUCUCGCCUCCAUUCACACUCACAUCACACAGUCAGCCCUCUGUAUGGCUGAGCACACCGCACAGCAGGAAGUCCAUUCAGAAAAUCACCGACCAGAACAUCACAGCGGGAGGCGGAGCCUCAGAUUCAAAUUUAAACUUUAUUCUUCUGGUUUGUGACGGACAGAAACUUUCACGUAAUCAUCAAAGACGAAACGAGCUGCAGUUUUUCUCUCUGAGCUGUCUUUGUCCAUCAGCUCCUCACAUUAACGUCACCGUGACGUCGAAGGAAGCUAAAAUCAGACAGAUUCUCAAUGGACUUCUGAACUGACGUCCAACUAUUAGCACUUUAACGCAUACACACACGCAUACAAACAUUUGAGCCUAAACCAAUCAAAGUCUAAAAAUAGCAACAUUUUGAAGGAACUCAACAGGUUUACACCAAAUAAUCUGAAUGUUUGUUCUGAGUCAUAAAUCUUGUUAUGAUUUUAAAAAACUUUAUCAGUUUGUUGGACAAACACGGGCAACAAAAAGCAGCAACGUUGGUCUUAAAUUAGAUACAUUUUGAAUGAAGUCUGGUGCUGUUCACGUCUUCGUAUAGUAGCUGUUAGCAUCGUUAGCACUUCCCAUUUAAAACCAGUGGGAGUCCAGCUAGCUGCAGAGAGCAAGUUUUUUUCACCUUUCAGCAGGUGAGUUCGCUCAUUACGGAAAGGGUGAUGCAUUAAAUGAAAGUGAAAGUCACAGCAAACAAAUCUGCUCUCAAACAGCCAGUUCAGAAGUCCAUUAAGAAUAUGUGUGAUUUUAGGUUUUCCUCAGAGUCACAGUGAUGCAUCCUGCUCAGCUGCUUCGGUAGCACCAAAUCGAGCUAAAAACAACCUCGGAGAGGAAAACUGGAGCUCGUUAUUUAACAUGUUGGUAUUAAAUUAGCCCACCUCGCUUUGCUGGCAGUAUCAGGGCUGAGGUUGCCUUCAGGCUCAGCUUCACCCAACCAGCGAGGCCGCUCAGCUUCAGCGUGCUCUUCUCACCUGUGAUAAAGUUUCAGACUUUUUUACACCUUUUUAAACGUAUUUAAAGCAGGACGUUCUGAAACAGGAAGACAAAGGAAGAACCGUAACACUGAUGAGAGCUCAGAGCGUUUCAGAGGUUUAACUCUGACAUAUUUGUUUGUGAACGUCUAAAAAAGUAAAAUCUGCUCUUAAACUAAAGUUUGAAGUGUGGAAGGCGUCAGAUUCAUACGCAGAGUUUGGACCUGAGAGAAAAGUAAACUGAACUACAGCUGAAUAAUAAAAUGCAGUCUUAAAUUAGAUGAAUUCUCAAUAGAGUCUGGUGCUGUGGUUCUGUUUUAGUAUGUGAACAGUUUGGCCAAAAACACUGGUAGUUUACAGCUGUGUGAUUUAUUUAAUCUAAUAAAAUCCAACAGCAGGUAACACUGGGAAUUCAAACAACACAAGAGACUACGUCUAAAAUCGGCAGAAUUUUGAAUGAAGUCUGGUGCAGUCUGAUGAGUGACUCAGACUGCUCCUCAGCAUCUUAAAUUGGGUAAAUUCUGAAUGAAGUCUGAUGGGGUUGUUCAGGGUAUUUUGUUGCAGAGAUGUUUGGCGUGACCAGGCAAUGUCACGACUUGAUAGCUACCCUUCAUCAACAGUUGCUGCAGAAGUUGCUAAUUCUGCAACUUUCCAGGCAACAGCAACCUGCUUAUGGCAACAUGAAGGAAUGAUGCAGAUUUGCUUUAGAAAAAGUUCAUGUGGAGUUGAGACUGAAUGACCUUUGACCCCACUGUCCACACGGUCACUCUCCAGCUGUGAUGACAGAACUCUUCAUCCUCGUUCUCAUCAUCAUCAGGAUCCAGUCUUCUUCUUGUUCUUCGCACAGAAAUCCUGAUGAGUUACAGAAACGUUUUUUGUUUAUUUUUUUUAGCUUUUUAAAAUGCUUGUUAGCAUCAUUUGCGCCCCCUGCUGGUUCACAGCGGGGGGCGGACUAGCUGGGAGAAUCACUACAGACAGCAGGUGGCGGAUUUUACCUGUCGGCAGGUGUGUCCGUGUGUAAUUAGAGGCAGCGCUUAACACUGAGAUUUUAUUGUCUUUUACUUUGAAGGGAUCUUUGGGGAAUGAGUCUGCGACACGAACUCAACCAAAUGCACUGCUGACGAUUCAUUUAACUCCUCGCUUCUGGCCCCGCCCCCCUGCGGUGAGCGUUUAUCCCGUGCCAAAAUGGAUCGCAAGCCUCUCGUGUUUUUAGUCUUUGGCAUCCGGCGAGCGGCAAAACGUUCGGCCGCCAGUGGCGUUCUGCGAGACAAAGAAAAUGAUUUAUUUAUUUUCAUAAAGGGGAAGUUCUCUCAUUAUUUUGCUUCAUUCAAUAAAGAAAUCUGUAUGUACCGUGGA